CCUCACUGACGUGUAGUAACAUUCAAGUACUCGGCGCAGCAGGCGUGUCAGCCCUGUCUACAACACAGCUGAGUAGCCUUGCUGAUCAGGAGUUCACUAGUUGCAUAGAGACACUGGGAUCAGUAACGGACUACAGUGACGCACAAAAGACGGCCCUUCUAGACGUCGCCACGAGGAGUAGUGUUUUGGGCGCCCCAUCCACUUGGUCCACCACCAACGUCUACAAUACUGGUGUGAUAUGUCAGGCCCUGACAGAGGCCCAGAUCGGUACCCUCACUCUAGACCUGGACGCCGUCAGUCGACUCGGACAGUUCGAUGGUUGGGAUAGUCUUAAGAAAAAGGCAGUGUUUGAACGAUGGUUGAGUCUACUGAAGGGAGGAGAUAGCAGUACCAUUACGUCCAGUGAACUCAGGUCACUAGGUCAUAUAACCUGUGGAGCGACAACAAGCCACAUCGAUGUCAUCCCACACGCUAUCUAUAAGAAUGCGGCAGACUCGAUCGGCGAGCUGACGAGCUGUGAGGACACACAACUGCAAUCGUUUGCCGCCUUGGCAAAAGCAGCUUACGGGAGUGACGUCACUACGUGGCUUUCCUCUGUUAUAUCUAACAUUGGGAUAACGAUAGGCGGUUUACCGACCUCUGAUAUUGGUGUGCUAUCGACUACUCAGAUAGAUGCUAUAGACUCCAUCCACAUCUCGCACAUUCCACCUGCUACAUUUGCA